UUCCGGCCUGUGCGUUCCAUCCCACUUCCGGUCGCUGCGUUCCACACACAGGAAGAUAGUUUUUUUCUUUCGCGGCAACUUCCGGGUUUCCCUCGAGCAGAAGUCCGUCGUCCGCAAAAGCAGAUUUUCAGAGUAAAGCAAGCUGAGAAACCAAACACAAAUAAAGCAUCCACUUCACAGGCUACACAGAUAAUUCAUCACACGGUGAAAGCUCUAUACUUCAGCAUACAAGGAGGGGGAGUAUAUAGAGGAACACAGGGGUCUGUACAAGGACGUGAUGAUGGAGAAUCACCAGCCCCUCACAUCACUGGAUGGACCCAGUAACAGAGAUACCCCAGAGAGAUGUCCCCAUCCUCUGUAUUCCCAGGACUGUACAGAGGAGAAUCACAGGAUCCCACAGGAGGAUCAGGAUGAGCACCUUUCUGAUAUGAAGGCCGAAGAUACAGAGGGAGAAGAAGAGACGUAUGUGACUGAUAUUAAGGCAGAAGAUACAGAGGGAGAAGAAGAGACGUAUGUGAUGGAUAUGAAGGCAGAAGAUAUAGAGGGAGAAGAAGAGACGUAUGUGACUGAUAUGAAGGCAGAAGAUAUAGAGGGAGAAGAAGAGAAGUAUGUGACUGAUAUGAAGGCAGAAGAUAUAGAGGGAGAAGAAGAGACAUAUGUGACUGAUAUGAAGGCAGAAGAUAUAGAGGGAGAAGAGACGUAUGUGACUAAUAUGAAGGCAGAAGAUAUAGAGGGAGAAGAAGAGACGUAUGUGAUUGAUAUGAAGGCAGAGGAUAUAGAGGGAGAAGAAGAGACGUAUGUGACUGAUAUGAAGGCAGAAGAUAUAGAGGGAGAAGAAGAGACGUAUGUGAGGAGAGAUCAGAAGUGUAAGGAAGAGGAAAUGCCUACAGAUAUCAGCACAGCAGAUGGAGGCACAAGCAGGAAUUCCUUGGAGGGAGAUCUCAUUUUGUCUGCAGAUAGUAAAAUAGAAGAUAACACCACACAGGAUUCUCCAGGAGACAUCCCCAUUUCUCUAUCUAUACAUCCAGUACCUGAUACUUCAUCUGAUCCCUCUAAUCCAGAUGACUGUUCAUCUAAUACCUCAGAUAUUGUUACACAUCAUGCAGCUCAUACAUGUGAUAAAAUAUUUCCAUGCUCUGAGGGUGGGAAAAGUUUUGCACGCAAAUUACAACUUGUUAUACAUCAGAGAAGUUAUACAGGUGAGAGACCAUUUCCAUGUUCUGAGUGUGGGAAAUGUUUUAUAGUCAAAUCACAUCUUGUUGUACAUCAGAGAAGGCACACAGGUGAGAGACCAUUUCCAUGUUCUGAGUGUGGGAAAAGUUUUGCACUCAAAUCACCUCUUGUUAGACAUCGAAGUCACACAGGUGAGAAACCAUUUCCAUGUUCUGAGUGUGGGAAAAGUUUUGCACUCAAAUCACCUCUUGUUAGACAUCGAAGUCACACAGGUGAGAAACCAUUUCCAUGCUCUGAGUGUGGGAAAAGUUUUGCAUUCAAGUCACAUCUUGUUAGGCAUCAAAGAAGUCACACAGGUGAGAAACCAUUUCCAUGCUCUGAGUGUGGGGAAAGUUUUGCACGCAAACCAGGGCUUGUUAUACAUCAGAAAAGUCACACAGGUGAGAAACCAUUUCCAUGCACUGAGUGUGAGAAAUGUUUUCCACUCAAAUCACAGCUUGCUAGACAUCAGAGAAUUCACACAGGUGAGAAUACAUUUCCAUGCUCUGAGUGUGGGAAAUGUUUUCUGUGUAAAUCAGAACUUGUUAGACAUCAGAGAAGUCACACAGGUGAGAAACCAUUUUCAUGCUCUGAGUGUGAGAAAAGUUUUGUAGGCAAAUCACAGCUUGGUAAACAUCAGAGAAGUCACACAGGUGAGAAUACAUUUCCAUGCUCUGAGUGUGGGAAAUGUUUUCUGUUUAAAUCAGAACUUGUUAUACAUCAGAGAAUUCACACAGGUGAGAAACCAUUUCCAUGCUCUGAGUGUGAGAAAAGUUUUGCAGGCAAAUCACAGCUUGCUAGACAUCAGAGAAGUCACACAGGUGAGAAACCAUUUCCAUGCUCUGAGUGUGGGAAAAGUUUUGCACUCCAGCCACAUCUUGUUAAACAUCAAAGAAUUCACACAGGUGAGAAACCAUUUCCAUGCUCUGAGUGUGGGAAAUGUUUUCUGUGUAAAUCGGAUCUUGUUAGACAUCAGAGAAUUCACACAGGUGAGAAACCAUUUCCAUGCUCUGAGUGUGGGAAAUGUUUUCUAUGUAUAUCAAAACUUGUUAUACAUCAGAGAAGUCACACAGGUGAGAAACCAUUUCCAUGCUCUGAGUGUGGGAAAAGUUUUGCAGGCAAAUCACAUCUUGUUGCACAUCAGAGAAGGCACACAGGUGAGAGACCAUUUCCAUGUUCUGAGUGUGGGAAAAGUUUUGCACUCAAAUCACCUCUUGUUAGACAUCGAAGUCACACAGGUGAGAAACCAUUUCCAUGUUCUGAGUGUGGGAAAAGUUUUGCACUCAAAUCACCUCUUGUUAGACAUCGAAGUCACACAGGUGAGAAACCAUUUCCAUGCUCUGAGUGUGGGAAAAGUUUUGCACGCAAACCAGAGCUUGUUAUACAUCAGAAAAGUCACACAGGUGAGAAACCAUUUCCAUGCUCUGAGUGUGAGAAAUGUUUUCUGUCUAAAUCAGAUCUUGUUAGACAUCAGAGAAUUCACACAGGUGAGAAACCAUUUCCAUGCUCUGAGUGUGGGAAAUGUUUUGCAGGCAAAUCGUAUCUAGUUAAACAUCAAAAAUUACACAGGAGUAAAGCAUUACUAUCUGCACCGGCUAUGAAGAAAACCUUUUUCUCGCAACACGUCACAGUCCUUUCGGACUGCAAAGACAAAGAAGUCCAAGCCCCCUACUACCUCCUUACCUACCAAAAAGCCUGCGCCUACAGGUUCCCAGGACCAGAAGCCUGCUUCUGGUUCCUCAAAAUCCUCAGCAUGACUGUGGACCGCACAGCCUGUAGAACAGAUUUAGAGAUGCUUCACAAGAAGAGAAAAUACAUUCAUCCGAAGGGAAACCUCUCCUUACAGGAGAAAAAGGCUAUCAAAGAUAUAAAAUCAUGGCAGGAUGUGGUGGUGAAACCGUCUGAUAAAGGCGGUGAUGCCUUGUUUGGAGACGAAUUGAAUAAAUGGAUCUCCCAAGCAACGGUGGGUUCAGGGGCAGGGGCCGAGGGGUCUCCAUCACUUCCAGAGGAUCUCGUGAUAAGUCCCGUAAACCUGCACCUGCUGUCUUCCUGGACCAGACCACCGGAUUCCCUGACGCUAAACCCUCCGCGUGACGGUUGGCCCCAGCGACAAGGUGACUUUCAGGCUUACCUCAGGUUCGCCAUAUUGGAUGACUAUUUCCAGUUUCAGGCCUUACCCUUCAGAUUAUCCACAGCUCCGAGGGUCUUCACAAUGAUCAUGGCGGAGAUGAUGCUGCAACUUCAAAUGAUGGGAGUAAACGUAAUCCUCUGCUUGGACGAUCUCCUCAUAAAGGCUUUGUAUAGGGAACAUCUGCUACACAGUAUUGAUCUGACUACCCGACUACUCACGGAUCAUGGGUGGAUCUUAAAUUUCCAGAAAUCUCACCUGGAACUGACCCAGUAUCUUCAGUUCCUGGGAAUGAUACUAGACACGUUUUUUCUUUCGCGGCAACUUCCGGGUUUCCGUCCAGCGGGAGUCAGUCGUCCGCAAAAGCAGGAGGGGGAGUAUAUAGAGGAACACAGGGGUCUGUACAAGGACGUGAUGAUGGAGAAUCACCGUCCCCUCACAUCACUGGAUGGACCCAGUAACAGGAAUACCCCAGAGAGAUAUCCCCGUCCUCUGUAUUUCCAGGAUGAGCACCUUUCGGAUAUGAAGGCCGAAGAUGUAGAGGGAGAAAAAGAGACGUAUGUGACUGAUAUGAAGGCAGAAGAUAUAGAGGGAGAAGAAGAGACGUAUGUGACUGAUAUGAAGGCAGAAGAUAUAGAGGGAGAAGAAGAGACGUAUGUGAUUGAUAUGAAGGCAGAAGCUAUAGAGGGAGAAGAAGAGACAUAUGUGACUGAUAUGAAGGCAGAAGAUAUAGAGGGAGAAGAAGAGACGUAUGUGACUGAUAUGAAGGCAGAAGAUAUAGAGGGAGAAGAAGAGACAUAUGUGACUGAUAUGAAGGCAGACGCUAUAGAGGGAGAAGAGACGUAUGUGACUGAUAUGAAGGCAGAAGAUACAGUUGGAGAAGAAGAGACGUAUGUUAGGAGAGAUCAGAAGUGUAAGGAAGAGGAAAUCCCUACAGAUAUCAGCACAGCAGAUGGAGGCACAAGCAGGAAUUCCUUGGAGGGAGAUCUCAUCUUGUCUGCAGAUAGUAAAAUAGAAGAUAACAUCACACAGGAUUCUCCAGGAGACAUCCCCAUUACUCUAACUAUACAUCCAGUACCUGAUACUUCAUCUGAUCCCUCUAAUCGCGAUGACUGUUCAUCUAAUACCUCAGAUUUUGUUACACAUCGUGCAGCUCAUACAUGUGAUAAAAUAUUUCCAUGCGCUGAGUGUGGGAAAAGUUGUGCACGCAAGUCACAGCUUGUUAGACAUCAAAGAAGUCACACAGGUGAGAGACCGUUUCCAUGUUCUCAGUGUGGGAAAAGUUUUACAUUCAAAUCAAAUCUUGUUGCACAUCAGAGAAGUCACACAGGUGAGAGACCAUUUCCAUGUUCUCAGUGUGGGAAAAGUUUUACAUUCAAAUCAAAUCUUGUUGCACAUCAGAGAAGUCACACAGGUGAGAGACCAUUUCCAUGUUCUCAGUGUGGGAAAAGUUUUGCACGCAAGUCACAGCUUGUUAGACAUCAAAGAAGUCACACAGGUGAGAGACCAUUUCCAUGUUCUCAGUGUGGGAUAGGUUAUGCACUCAAGUCACAGCUUGUUAGCCAUCAAAGAAGUCACACAGGUGAGAAACCAUUUCCAUGCUCUGAGUGUGGGAAAAGUUUUGCACACAAGUCACAGCUUGUUAGACAUCAAAGAAGUCACACAGGUGAGAAACCAUUUCCAUGCUCUGAGUGUGGGAAAAGUUUUGCACGCAAGUCACAUCUUGUUACACAUCAAAGAAGUCACACAGGUGAGAAACCAUUUCCAUGCUCUGAGUGUGGUAAAAGUUUUGCAGGCAAAUCCCUGCUCGUUAGACAUCAGAGAAAUCACACAGGUGAGAAACUAUUUCCGUGCACUGAGUGUGGGAAAUGUUUUCUGUGUAAAUCAGAACUUGUUAGACAUCAGAGAAGUCACACAGGUGAGAAGCCAUUUCCAUGCACUGAGUGUGAGAAAUGUUUUCCAUGCAAAUCACAGCUUGCUAGACAUCAGAGAAUUCACACAGGGGAGAAUACAAUUCCAUGCUCUGAGUGUGGGAAAUGUUUUCUGUGGAAAUCAGAACUUGCUAGACAUCAGAGAAUUCACACAGGUGAGAAACCAUUUCCAUGCUCUGAGUGUGGGAAAAGUUUUGCACGCAAGUCACAGCUUGUUAUACAUCAGAAAAGUCACACAAGUGAGAAACCAUUUCCAUGCACUGAGUGUGAAAAAUGUUUUCCACUCAAAUCACAGCUUGCUAGACAUCAGAGAAGUCACACAGGUGAGAAUACAUUUCCAUGCUCUGAGUGUGGGAAAAGUUUUCUGUAUAAAUCAGAACUUGUUAGACAUCAGAGAAGUCACACAGGUGAGAAACCAUUUCCAUGCUCUGAGUGUGAGAAAUGUUUUCCAUGCAAAUCACAGCUUGCUAGACAUCAGAGAAGUCACACAGGUGAGAAUACAUUUCCAUGCUCUGAUGGGAAUCUGUGGAAAUCAGAACUUGCUAGACAUCAGAGAAUUCACACAGGUGAGAAACCAUUUCCAUGCUCUGAGUGUGGGAAAAGUUUUGCACGCAAGUCACAGCUUGUUAUACAUCAGAAAAGUCACACAGGUGAGAAACCAUUUCCAUGCACUGAGUGUGAAAAAUGUUUUCCACUCAAAUCACAGCUUGCUAGACAUCAGAGAAGUCACACAGGCGUGAAUACAUUUCCAUGCUCUGAGUGUGGUAAAUUUUUUCUGUGUAAAUCAAAGCUUGUUACACAUCAGAAAAGUCACACAGGUGAGAAACCAUUUCCAUGCUCUGGGUGUGGGAAAAGUUUUGCAGGCAAAUCGUUUCUAGUUAAACAUCAGAAAUCACAGGAGUAAAGCAUUACUAUGAUCUGAUACACAACAGGGUUUUAGCAACACUCUUUAUUGCAUUGGACAGGUCCGGACUGCCCAUAUUUCACCUCUGGCAUAUUCCAGAAGUGCCAAUGGACUGGUGGUUUCAUCCAGUUCCACAGAGAGAUUGGAAAGCCGUGUGCAGCGCAGCCUCUGGCUCUGGUUUAGCCGCCCCUACUUCCCAAAGUGUCUGCAUGGAAAUGGGGGCGUGUAGUAAGUUCACGCCCCCCUGACUCACAGCACGUCCUCGUUUGUCAUGUCCUUGCGCUCCCAAGUUUACAAAUGCCAAUCCAAAUAGCCCCAAUUUGUCUCUGCCAGUAGAUAUCGGCACCACUCUCCACAACAAUAACAGACCAUUGUGUUAUAUAAGUGUCUAUGGGCCUAAUUCAAGGUCGAUCGCAAAAGGAAAAUCUUUCUCUAAUGGGAAAAUCUAUGUGCACUGCAGGUGGGGCAGAUGUAACAUGUGCAGAGAGAGUUAGAUUUAGGUGGGGUGUGUUCAAACGGAAAUCUAAAUUGCAGUGUAAAAAUAAAGCAGCCAGCAUUUACCCUGCACAGAAACAAUAUAACCCACCCAAAUCUAACUAUCUGCAUGUUACAUCUGCCCCACCUGCAGUGCACAUGGUUUUGCCAAUUAGAGAAAGAUUUUGAAAACGCCCAUUGCAGAAAUUGCUAAUGCAUCGCAAUAUGCGGGUUGAUCGCAAAACCAUACACAGUUAUCGGAACAUCGUAGAUUUUUCCUAUCUGCGCCAGGCAAGGUCGUCCACAAUUCUUGUGACACAAACGCUGGAAGUGGUCAUCGCUGACGUCAGAGGCCUCCUUAAAAAUGCCUGGGCACGCUUGCAUUGUGUCAGAAACAGACAGAAAACUACAGGUUUCCACCCAGAAACGCCAACUUCCUGUCAAACAGCGGCUGCAUUGCACUCAUGAUCUGUACAUAAUAUAUGUCGCUAUUUUUGCUAACAUACGCGCAAUGCAAACACUGCACCUACACAGAUGUUCAAUAAUCGGCCGGAUUGCGAAUCACAGAUUUUACAAUCUUUUCUGAAUAAGAGCAAAGAAAUAUUCUUCAAGAAUGUAUAAGAUCAGUGGGUGUGGUAAAAGGAUUGGGUGUAACCAAAUAUUAUAAAAUAAGUGCACCAUCAAAUUUCAAGUUAUCUUACUGUAACCCUGAGAGAAACAAAUGCUGUGUCUCAAUCUGUACAAGGUCUUUGGAAUAAAUAAUUCUUUAUUAAACUGAA